AUGGCGGUGUCGGCGUCGGCAGCUGCCGGGGAAGAGUUCUGGGUCCUUCCCUCUGAAGUUGAAGUGUUAGAGUCUAUCUAUCUGGAUGAACUACAGGUGGUUAAAGGAAAUGGAAGAUCUUCAUGGGAGAUCUGUAUCACCCUCCAUCCCUCCACUGCAGAGGACCAGGACUCUCAGUACGUCUGCUUCACUCUGGUGCUUCAGGUUCCAGUGCAGUAUCCCAAUGAGGUGCCUCAGAUCUCUAUCCGUAACCCCCGAGGACUCUCAGAUGAACAGAUCCACAUGAUCUCACAGGCGCUGAGCCAUGUGGCCAAGGCCAAUCUGGGCACUGCCAUGCUCUAUGAACUCAUUGAGAAAGGGAAGGAAAUUCUCACAGAUAACAACAUUCCCCAUGGCCAGUGUGUCAUCUGCCUGUAUGGCUUCCAGGAGAGGGAAGCCUUUACCAAAACACCGUGUUACCACUACUUCCAUUGCCAUUGCCUUGCACGGUACAUCCAGCACAUGGAGCAAGAGCUGAAGGCCCAAGGGCAGGAGCAGGAAUGGCAGCAUGCAGUAGCCCAACAGGAGGCAGUUGGUGUGCAGUGUCCAGUGUGCAGAGAGCCCCUCGUGUAUGAUCUUGCCACAUUGGAAGCAGCCCCUGAACCCCAGCAUCCCAUGGAGCUGUACCAGCCUGAUGCAGAGAGCUUGCGCCAGCAAGAAGAACGCAAGCGGCUCUACCAGAGGCAGCAGGAGAGGGGGGGCAUCAUUGACCUUGAGGCGGAGCGUAACCGGUACUUCAUUAGCCUCCUGCAGGCUCCUGCCCCUUCAGAACCUGAGUCAGCUGUAGAUGUCUCCGGAGUGUCCCACCCAGCUAAUGCCCUUGGCACGGAACUGUCCACCUCAUUAACUGCCCAACCUACCCUGUCAGCUCUUCUGCCUGUGGCCUCCCAACACACGUGUGAGAAGAUUUCAGGGGCUGGGCCAAAUCAGCAGAAGUUGGGCAAGACCCAGAGAGCUAUGCCAGAUCUGCCCAGAGCCAGUAGAGACUCCCGGCAACUGCCUGAACAGCGGCUCCUGAAGGGAAGGGAGUGCUAUGCUGCCAGAGGUACCAGGGAUACUCAUGAACUGCCACCUCCUGAGGGGCCCUUGAAGGAGCCCAUGGUCCAAAACCAGAGGGUUCAAGAUCUUCCCCAAGAGGAAGGCCCUGGCAACCGGCAGGGCCCCCCACCCCGCCGGACUCGGGACUGUGCUCACUGGGGGCACACCAAAGGUCGGACAUCAGGCUCUUCCUACCCCCGUGUGCCUCAGGGUCGGAGGGUCUACAGGCCUGGCGGUCGGAGACAGCACCUGGGCCUGGAACCUGAAGAUGGUCCCUAG